GCAUAAUAUUGUUACCGAGAUACCCCAUUUUAAAUCACAAACGCAAAAAGCUAAAAUAGAUUGUUUAAAGUAACAAUUCAUCCCCUAACAUCAAGACGCAAAGGUCACCCCAAUGCGAAAAACAAGUAAACAGGUACAUCGUCUGUGCCCCAGGUAGCGAUUUCGAACUAGCCGCCACGAGUCAGGCAGCUGUUCGGGAGCACCGACCGAGGGGGGCCGCGCGCAAGUCUCGCCGAAAGCGCCCUUAGUCGGGCGUCGAUAGCGGAACGGGACUGAUAGGAGGCUUCGCCGAGGUGCCCCAUACGAGACCGCACUGACACUGCGAUUGCCGUUGCCAGGUUAUCCAGCGGAAACACCAGCCACAAACAUUCUCGAUAUCAUUCAAACGUUGGACUAUUGUGCCGCCUCGUGCCCGAAUCGGAGAUAUGGAACCGUGGAGAAGCUACUCGACGAUAUGCAGGUUGUGCUUGCAGAAGGACGGGUUUAUGCUGGGGAUUUUCAACCACAUCCAAGGGAAGGAUAAGAGCAUUUAUAAGAAAAUUAUCGAUUGCACGGCAUUGCAGAUUUCUCACGGGGAUGGUCUACCGAACGUAAUAUGCCAUCGCUGCCUGUUCAAAGUAGAAUUUUGUUUGGAGUUUCGUCAGCUAUGCUUCAUGUCCGAUGCAACAUUACGCCAAAUCAAUGGCGUUAUGGGGAAAGAAAAUGGGUCUGAAAACAUUGCUGUCAAUGGAUUGCCUGUCUACGAACAACUGGGGGUUGGAGGUAACGAUGAUUCGGACGUCGUGAUGGUAGUCGAUCCAAUGGCAAAUGACUACGAAUCCGAUUACGAGUCGGAUAAGGACCCUGGAGGUACUGUAGGAGGAGGCUGUGCAAGUGACCAAGAGAAUAUGGAAAACCUCGACGGAAACGACGCCGAACAGGAGGGUAGAGGGGUUUCUAUGUGUAAAUACUGCGAUCAUGCAUUUACUGAUCCACAGGAGUGCCUGAACCACGAAAGCAGUGCUCACAACAGUGAUACGCCGUACGCGUGUAGCGCGUGUUUUAUGAGUUUCGCUGAUAGGGUUUUGUAUUCGGCACAUUUGAAGAGCGUCCACAAAAACGAUAAGCCUUAUAAUUGCCCACAGUGCAAUAGAACGUUUGCCAGAAGGUCGGAUUUGAGGAAACAUACAAUCGUUCAUACAGGAGUGAAACCAUACACUUGUACAGUCUGCUACAAAUCCUUCUCGCGCAACACGAACCUUUCGAAGCAUAUGCGCAUCCAUUCGGGCACAAAGCCGUUUGUGUGUCCCAAAUGUCCGAAGACGUUCACUUCCAAAGGCGACCUCACUCGGCACGCGGUCAUUCACUCGGGUCAACGACCGUUCGCUUGCAACUUCUGCCAUUUGAGCUUCGGUCGGAGGGACAAGCUGCAGAGGCACGAGAAAAGACAUUUUCCCGUUAGGGAUCAGGACGGCACGCACGAUAGGUCCAAGGAGCUGCAGAUGAUGCGGGAUGCGGUUUACGCCACUCCUCCUGGCGAUAGAGCGGAAUGUGGAGAAGGCAAGGAAGGUUCUGAGAAUAUGAUCAUCAACCUGGACCCUUUCAACCACAACAACUUUGGUACAAGCGCAACGCCGCAGCGUGGAGGCGACAAUUCGGAAAAUGAACCUCACAACGACCAUGACAGCAACAUCAACAACCACAUAAAACUGGAAGACCUCAAAGAAGAUCCCGAUUUGGCGAAUCAGUUACCCACCCGAGCACCUGAAGAAAAUUACGGGAGGCAGAAGCGGGCUGAUAAUUUGAAACGGUACAAGUGUUCGCAUUGCCCCAAGAAGUUCUCCAAAAUCGAUAAUCUUCACGUUCAUCAACAAAUCCAUAGCGGCUCUCGACCAUUUUCCUGCCAUAUUUGUAGCAAGAACUUCAUCAAGAAACGCGAACUAGACCGACACAUCGCCACCCAUUCUGGAGCGAAACCCUUCAAAUGUCCAAGGUGCAACAAAAGUUUCGGCCGUAAAGAUAAAAUGCUGCGGCAUGCGCGUAUCCACGACGUAAACAAAAGCUUCAACUGCAAAGAAUGCGGCAGCACCUUCUACCGUAGGGAUAGUUUGCACCAGCACAUGAAGACUCACGCUGCACUUAAGUCGGAAUAUUCAGAGCAACAUACUGCAAAUAGCGAAGAGACGGCUGCGGAAGUGAUAUGAACCGUACUAGAGGAAAUCAGUGUUUUUAAAGAAGGAAAGGAAAGGUUCAGAGCGGGUUUACUUACAACAAGGUCAAUUUUGAAGCAGGAAACUGAUAGUAAGACUGAAGAUGUUAAACGAAGUCUGAACCAAUUGAUAGUUCGGAAAGUAUUGUAGUGUUUAAAAUUGUUAAAGCUAUUGUUGAAUCGUUGUUAAUGGUCCAGUGGAAGUUGAGCGUUUAAUUUUACAGACUGUUUACAUUAUAUUGUUUAGUCUACGAGGCGUAACAAAAAUCAGAAUUUUGCUACACUUUGACUUUUUUUAUGGUUUCAUGUUACUCGGACCUUGCUAGUGCAUCCAUAUACAAAUACACAUAUCAUGUUUAGCAACCAACUGACCCUCUGCAGACUGUAUUUUAGCUACGUCUCGUUUUCUCAGAUUUGCAUAUGUGUAACUGAAGUCAGAAUAAACCAAAUUAUUGCAAUGUCUAUCAUUUAACCGCUAUUAUUGAAAUUUCUCCGUACAAAUUUACAGGCUACGCCAUCAUAUGUCACCAUCGCCAUCGUUUUAAAUUAAUGAUUUACAGCAUAUACCUUCUUACAUUUUCAUUACAUCGUAUUUAAUUUUAAUAUAUAAAAUCCUUUUAAAUGAACGCCAACAUUUGCGAAAGUGGAUUACUGUUUUUCCAUAUUUUGAACUGACGCUUAUCAGAGUAUAGUGAUUACCAUCCUAUCCUUACGUACAAACUUGUACCUAUCGUUCCUGUUGUUUUCAUCUAUCGUCUGCACUAUAUAAUUUGUCUCUUAAAUAUGUAGCAAAACGUUCAUACAAAUAUAUAGGGUUACUUGUUUUGCGAUAUUAUAUAAAAAUAACGAAGUUGAUAAGGCCAUGUAAAUAUAGGCUCGUUUUGUCUAACUGAUUCCAAUAAAACGCAGCAGUUCGGUAAUAUUAUAAAAAUUUAUUCUCUGGGAGUUCCCUAUACAUUCGUAUAACUUAAUAUUUUUGUUUUUAUUAUUUUAAUCUUGUUAUAAUCCUUUUCUGUAAAUAAUAAACUUUUGAUGCAAACCAAUAAAAUAUUUUCA